AUGUACGCGCUGCCUGCACCAGCGGCGCCGCGCCGCUGUCAUACAUUAGUGCCAGACAUGGCGGCGGAGCUACAGCCCGAGUGCAUUUCUGCUCUCCCGUCUUCCUGGACUUAUGGGGUUUCUCGGGACGGACGCGUCUUCUUCAUUAACGAGGAAGCCCAGAGUACAACCUGGCUGCAUCCAGAGAGCGGCGAAGCGGUCAUAACUGGACACAGGAAAACUCCAGACCUACCCAAUGGAUGGGAAGAGGGGUUUACCUUUGAAGGAGCAAGAUGCUUUAUAAACCACAAUGAGCGGAAGGUGACCUGCAAACAUCCUGUCUCGGGCUUACCCUCACAAGACAACUGCAUCUUUGUCGUCAACGAACAAACCGCCCCCAAAGUGCCAGCGAAUGAAAAGAAAGAACGGCUAUCAAUCACCAUGAGUGAGGCCUCCAACAACACGCCCAUCCCGGAUUGUGCCGCAAACUCCAACAGUCCAGCAGGAAGACCUUCAAGACCUUCGAAGAAAAUUCAUAACUUUGGGAAACGAUCCAACUCCAUCAGGCGGAAUCCCAGUGCCCCCGUAAUCAAGAGAAACUGGCUUUACAAACAGGACAGCACGGGCAUGAAGCUGUGGAAAAAGAGGUGGUUUGUCCUUUCUGACCUGUGCCUGUUCUACUAUAGAGAUGAGAAGGAAGAGGGAAUUCUUGGCAGCAUCCUCCUGCCCAGCUUCCAGAUAUCCCUGCUGUCUGUGGAUGAUCACAUUAAUAGAAAGUUUGCUUUUAAGGCAACACAUCCCAACAUGCGGACGUACUACUUUUGCACUGACACCGGAAAAGAGAUGGAGUCGUGGAUGAAAGUGAUGACGGACGCCGCAAACGUGCAUUCAGAGCCAUCCAAAAGGUUGGAAAAGCUAAAAGUGGAAGAUAGCGGACCAAGAGAAAUCAGUCAAGUCGCAAACCACAAGCCAGCGCUCACACAGCCUGAAAUCCAAAACAACGAACGUAACCUUCAAGUGGACCGUGACCGAAGCAACGCAGUGACCCCCGGUGCUGAGGGAGAGCAAAGAAAACAGCGUGACGCCGAGCGCUACGGCUUCCAGAAGGACGGGGCAGAGCGUGAACGUCCCCUCACAAAGAUCAACAGUAUUAAGCUACAGCCCGCGCAGGCAGAGACCGUUAAAGCUAAUGUGACCUCGCCCCCGACUCCCAAUGAGGCGGAGAGGACGCUGCAUUGUCCCCAAGUGAAUGGAUCAGGAGAGCCGUGUAAAGCUAAUGGGACGGGGGUCCCUGUCCAGCAGAGUCCCAUCAGCGAGCCUGAACGCAACCUGAGCAGAACCAGCUCCAUGCAGCAGCUGGAGCAGUGGGUUCGAACGCAGAGAGGGCGAGGUCAGGAUGACGAUGCCAGGAGCAUCACCUCAUACCAGACUCUGCCUAGAAAUAUGCCAAGCCAUCGAGUCCCCUACAUGCCUCAUUAUGGAGAAAACUAUCGCAGUAUGCCCAGGAAUAGCAUGGCCCAGCGGGACAGCAUCUGCAGCAUGUCGCCGUCGCUUUACGACCAAGCCCUCGGCCCAGCAGGGGCCGAGAAGCGACGCUCCAUGCGAGACGACACCAUGUGGCAGCUGUACGAGUGGCAGCAGAGACAGGCCUACACCAGGCAGUCGGGGAUCUACAGCAACAUGGCGAGCCCCAAAACCAUGAUAAACCUUUCAGAGCAUACAGGCCUGAGCCCCUCCAUCCCUCCUUCGCCUUCUCACGGCUCCCUGUCCAUGUACGGCGCCUACUCUCCAAUGAGAUCUUACAACAUGGCCAAUGCUCGUCCCGAGGUCGCUUCGCCGAUCUACAGAAGAGACUUGAGCAUCGACAGACGGCAGAGACCACAAAUCAACAAGUACGCCUACCCACCUGAUCGGAGAUCCUUGCCUGCAGGGAUCCCAGUCCAGACUAUCUCUACCCAGUCUCUUCAAAGCAAAACUCCUGAGGAACUGACUUUGCUGCUGAUAAAGCUGCGGCGGCAGCAAGCAGAGCUAAACAGUAUCCGGGACCACACUGUAGCACAGCUUAUGCAACUAAACAUGGAUCACAACCACCCAAAGAACGACAUUCUCUCCCAUCACCUCCAAAGGAACCUCAUGUAUUUGGACAAUCAGAUGAAGGAAAUUGACCCUUUAAUCGUCAUGACUCACACAUUGAUUGAGAACUCUGCCCCAAGGCCUCAAGUUUACCAGCAAAUGAACCCAGAAGACUACAGGGAACCAGUCUACGCGUAUGUGCCGGAGGUGGAAGAUAUUGAUGGUAUAAUCAGCAGACUUUAUGAGCAGGAGAAACUGGUGAAGAUGCAGGAGGAGAAGCUUCAGCAGCUGUUGAGAGAGAAGCACACAUUGGAGACGGCGCUUCUGUCAGCCAGCCAGGAGAUUGAGCUGGGCUCUGAAAACCCGGCUGCCUUGCAGGGCGUCAUUCAGCAGAGAGACUUGCUGCAGAGCGGCCUCCUCAGCACCUGUAGAGAGCUAUCCAGAAUCACUACUGAGUUGGAGCGCUCCAGUAGGGAAUAUGAAAGGAUAGAGGCAGAGCUCAUUAUAGCCAAGAACAACUUGCUGCAGCAGCUUGAAGCUCUGGGAAGCCCACAGACGGAGCCUCCCAGUCAGCUCCAUGUCCGCAUCCAGAAGGAGCUCUGGAGGAUUCAGGAUGUGAUGGAGGCCGUCAACAAACAGAAAGCUCAGAGAAACGCUGCAGAGGGGCCAGGUUUCUAUGGAUCCAAUUCCAACUUCAGUAAGCACAAAAAUGAGGAGGAGGACUCGGCACCCCCGCGGCCGCCUCUUCCCCAUUCCUAUGAGCCGAACUCCCCCGUUGUGCCCCCUCUGCCCGCCUCUCACUCUGGCGCACGGCCAUCUUCGCUCCAAAGGCCAGAGGACAGGAAGGCCAAUCAAAGGAAUAGCUCACAGAGCGGUCCUGACUACAGGCUGUAUAAGAGUGAACCGGAGCUGACCACGGUGGCCGAGGUGGAUGAGAACAACGGAGAGGACCGAUCAGAGCAUCCGUCUGACAGAGAACAUGCUGGAAACAAAGGCAUGUCCUACCCCGUUGGCAUCGUCCCACCCAGAACCAGGUCCCCAGUGCCUGAGUCUUCCUCCAUAGCGUCCUACGUCACUUUGAGGAAAAGCAAGAAGCCCGACCCCAGGACGGAACGUCCACACAGUGCCGUGGAGCAGCAGCUGUGUGCUGUGGAUGGCAGCCGGCCCCGCAUGAGCGUGGAGGAGCAGAUGGAGAGGAUUCGCCGCCACCGGCAAGGCACCCUCAGGGAGAAGAAGAAAUCACUGAGCUUCCGGGGAGGCAGCCUGGAGAACACACCCGCCCGCAGUCACUCCUUCAAUCAUUUCCAUAGCAUGAAGGCCCAUAUUAGGCGAAGGGAUGAGGUGAUGAGCAGUGAUAUUCAGGAGCUGGAGGCCUCACUCAGACACCAGGACCUGGUGAGGGACCAGGAGACCCCUGCGGAGGAGAUAGCCCGUCUCAAAGAGUCCUCUCAGGAUGAUCAUUUCAACCUGGAUCGAGAGCUUUCUGUGCCUGAUAAAGUGCUUAUUCCUGAGCGUUACAUUGAAUCAGACCCUGAGGAACCUCUGAGUCCUGAACAGGAGGCUGACAAGCGACGGAAAGUGGACCGUAUUAAAGCCCUAAUAGCAAAAAACAGCAUGGCGAAUGUGCUACCCAGUUUAGCUUUAAGCCCAGAGGACGUAAAUGAAGAGGAGGUUACUGUUCAAGAAAAGGAGAAGAUGAUUAAUAUCUCCUACGAGCUGGCAGCAGAGGCCUCCAAACGCAGCAAGCUGGUAGCAGUGAAAAGCCUGUCGUCUUCUUCCUCACCCCCACAGUCUCCCAACACACCCCCUCAGCUCACUGAUGGCUCUCACUUCAUGUGUGUGUAGUGGCACCAGUAAGCACAGGCUCUGGCCUCAGUAAAGACCUACACAUGAAGGAAAUAACUAGGAAGGCAUAGAACACCUCCUGAGGAUCUUCUUCCUGGAGAUCGGCACAAGGCCUUGACCCUCAGAAAGUGGAACUGCCUCCUCAUCCCGUCAGGCAGCCUUUAGCUACGGACUUCUGUUUACUCACUGUGACAUCUAAAGCUUCUAUGCCAACCUUUGGUGACAUUUCUACUUUCAUUGCCCCACUUUGAAAUGAAACUCGCCUUGUUUUUACCAUUGACCGCUGCAGACCUCUGUUUGUUUUUUACUCUAACUGCAGUUUUAUUUAGUUGUUGCAAUACAGGCCGACGUACAUCUGUAUAUUUGGGAGGCUGCAGCCUGAACUCUGUUGAGUCGUUUAGCUUGUAGCAGAAUGUUUGUAGGCCGUGUUUGCCACUUGCAUUUCAACAUAUUUUUUUAAGGUUUUAAGAUGCUUCUGCAUAUUUUUUUAGUUAAAUUUAAUCUAGUAUUUAAUUCAGAUUGCUUUUCAGACGCUGACAUUUAGCUAACUAGUUAUAUUUAUCAAUUUAUGGUGAAGAACGCUCGUCUAUACGGAUGAGUUAUAAACAGAUCUAUAAUCAACAGAUAUAAUAAUGGAGCAACUUUAAUCUAGACAGACUGAAAAUAUUUGUACAUUUUCCAUGUUUCCAGUCAGUGACACAUCGCUGCCAAUAAAUAUACAUAUUUGAAUGUUCAGACUUACGUCGCUCUUUGUUCCCUCUAUCUGAAAUAUAUAUAUUUAAAUUGAGAGAUGGACAAAAAUUUCAGAGUUUGGUAUUAUUUUAGGAUAUGUUGAUUAAAAGCCCUGGAUCUAAAAAAAAUGCAUGUUUAAAAAAAAAAAGCAAUAAAAAAAAGAAGCCUUUGUCAACUGAAGAUAUUUUUGCGUGUGUAUAAAGUGUAACUAUGAGAGGUUUACUGUGUAUAUAAUGUACAUUGUGCAUCGGAUGGGAAUAUAUACCCACUAUAUAGGUACGUACGUACAUACAGAUUUGAUUUGCAAAUGUUCAUAUCCCAUCUGUUUUAUAUCAUGUUAAAUAAACAUCGGAGUUUCUAA